GAGAUUCUAGUGGUUACGCGCCCGGGGUUCUCAACGGAACCCGAAAGCAACCCCGAGUAUACGAAACCCUAAUUGAUUAUUGAAUUGUAGCUUGUCACACUAAUCAAUGCUUCACCAGUACUGGCCACCGUUAGCUUCCAUCCUCCGUCGCACCACCGUUGUUCGUUGAGACUGUACAUAAGUGCUCUUUCUGGAAUGGACCACUAUGACUUGCAAGGACAGAGAAGGGAGAUGAAGCAUAAAGGGAGGAAUGUUGUUUGGUCCAUUGCCAUGGACAAGUGUUUGAUUGAAUCUCUUGCUAUACAGGCUAGAAAUGGGAAUAAAAUUGACAAAUGCUUUAAUGAGAAUGCAUAUACUGCUGCUUGUAUAGCUGUGAACUCUCGUUUUAAUUUGAACUUGAACAACCAAAAAGUUGUCAAUCGUCUUAAGACAAUCAAGAAAAGGUAUAAGGUGAUAAGAGAUAUGCUAUGUCAUGAUGGGUUCAGGUGGAAUCUGCAUACAAAGAUGAUUGAGUGUGACAGUGAUGAUAUUUGGAAGAGCUAUGUUGCGGCUCACCCUGAUGCAAGAGGCAUUCGGGGCAAGCAGAUUGAGAUGUAUGAUGAACUGAAAAUAGUUUGUGGAAAUUAUCAACCCCCUAGCCGUUGGGCUAAGAUGAAGGACGAAUGCCAUCCAGCUGAGUUUAGGAAUUUUGAAGAUGAUUCUGCUUCAUUUGUCUCUCCAAGUUCUGAAGACCAAAGUGAGACUGAUGGAACAGACUCAUAUACUGCAGGACCUCCUGAGUUUAUGCCAGAUGGAAGCCAAGAUCUUCCUCCUCCUAUCCACCCUCUCCGACAACUUCCAAAACGGCCUCGAAGUUCUGAAGCUCUUCAGGAUGCAUUGUUAUCUGUCGCAUCAAGCAUUCGGCGGUUGGCUGAUGCAAUGGACCGAAGCAAGAGUGCAAUCAAUCCCCAGGAACUCUUAGAGGCAGUGAUGGAGGUCGAUGGUUUGGAAGAGGCAAAACAAAUGUAUGCUUUUGAAUAUUUAAAUGCAGAUCCUGUCAAAGCCAGAGCUUUCAUGGCAUAUAACCCUCGGAUGAGGAAGAUCUAUCUGUUUCGGCAGUUCUGGUGGUGGAAAUGAGUGUUUGCAGUACAAACUGGGAAUUUUUUUCGCGUAUAGUUGACAUUUUGUUCGCUGUACACAUCAAACUUCAGUCAAUCUCAGGAUGUAAAUAUACAGACAUUAGAUUUUUGUAAUGUGAUAUUGAUGGCUGGAAACUGGUACUGUAGAGACAUUUUCCGGCUUCUAGCAGUCUCCUUUGGAAUCUACAGCCCACAGGUGUUAGAUCUUGCUUUGCUUUUCCUUUAUAGAAAUCAGGCUCCUCUCUUUGUUCUU